AACAUUACAGUUCAAUGGAUGUUUUAUUUGAGACAUCAAUUUUAACAUGGGUGGAAGAAUCAUCUAACAACAAGUUUCGUCAACCCAUUACAAUCUGCAUAUCCUACUCCUCCAACAACACAGGACAACGGAAAGAUCUCAACAUCAGAGCAACGAAUCCUGAAAAUGCAUUCAUGCUUUAUAACUUAAAAUUGAAUGAAGACGAUUACCAUAACCUGAAAACGCAACAAGGACUCCUGAUAGAUUUUCCUUCCUUCCCUGCAAAGUUUGUAGAGUUGUUACGUGCAUGUGAGGGCGGUCAAGACAAGUUUCAACUCCACCUUAUCAUUCAGCAUUCUACUGCUGUUCUCCAGGUAGUAGAAGUAAACCCCUUCAAGCAUCUUGUACAUCUCUCCCUGAAUCUUUCUACAGCUACUGACGCUGUCAUCAAGAAAUACCUCUCUGAUUGUCUACGAGAUUUACAGAAGAAACACAAAGAUUUGCAUCAAAAGCAUGAUUCAGAAACUUCACAAUUUACAGAGAAAAUAAAAUGCUUAGAAGAGUCGUCCAUACAACUUAAAACUCAACUGCAAGGUGGAGCCCGAGCCAAGGAACUAGAACUAAGCGAGCAAAGCGCAUUGUUAAAGGAGCAAAUGCAGAAGGAAAGAGAUGCAGGUGCUCACUUCCAGAAAGAAAUUCAGGAAAGAGCAGAUUUAGCAGAGAAGCAACUGGAGAAUAAGAUAAAGGAUUUGGAGGGUAAAAGUAAGAAGUUGUUUGAUGAGAAAUGUAGGUACGAGCUUCAGAAUAGAGAACUAAUCGCUAAGGUGAAACUGUACGAGGAGGAGAGGCUAACUGAAAAGGGAGAGAUUAAACACUUGAAGAUGGAGCAAAAUGAAAUGGAGAAAGAAAGGCAAAACGAUGUGAAAGAGUUACACUCGGUAAAGACGCAACUAGCAGUAGCAAGACAAGAACUAAAAGACAACCAGCUUACCAUAACCAAUAUUCAAGAGCAACUUACCGUUUCUACUGCUCAGAAAUCCAAACUUGAGAAUCAGAUCGACACGCAGCAUUACCAAUGUGUAAAGUUGGAAAACACUGUCAGAAGCGUUAGUGAGGAGGUUGUGAAAGGGAAUGAGAUUAUAACUAAGAUGCAGAACGAUUUAAAGAAUUACCGAAGUAAACUAAAGAUAAAACACAUGCAGACAGUUCAACAGGAGAAGACAAUACAAGAGAAAGAUGAGGAAACCAGAAAACAGAAAAAGCAGAUAGAAUCGUCUGAAACGGAGAUAACAGACAAGCAGAACAUUAUUGAGAAACUCGACGCUUGUAAACUUGAGAUGGAGCUACGAAUCGAUGAGUACCAAAAAACGCUGAAGAGUAACGAAAAUGUGAUAGCUUGGCUGAACAAGCAAAUAAACGACAAAGUGUCCCUGGGUAUUGGACCAAGGUCACUUCCCUCGCUGCUGCGCAACACUACUGCUGACAUGCGCGCCCCGGGUGCUGACAUGCGCGCUCCUGGUCCCUAUGGUCCUCCGCCAAAUCGGGGUCCUAUUCAGGACUUGAGGAACACAGGCUCUGCAAAACCAAUGGGACAAGAUAGAUAUAACAGAGGUGAAAUGAAUAGUUCAUCAACUCCAGCUAUUGAUAUUUCUAACACUUCACGAACCCAGCGAGGAGGUGAUUACCACCAUUUAUCAAGUUUUGAGAACAGUAAGAAAGAUGACAGUCUACUAGACGAAUGUUAUUUGAAGGAUUCAGAGAAUUUAGUGGAAGAUACACUGAAAUCAGUGUCCGAGACGCCAGAGCAGGUUAUUACAAUUGGAAACAGGGGAAAGAAAGUGUUGUCCCAAAGACAGAAUGAUACGAUUAGUUCUACACAAAGUAAACCACAUUCCAUCCUCAAACGCGGCACAAGAUCGAAUGAACCGCCUCUUAUGAAAGCGUAUGCCCCUUGAUGCAAAACCUCCUGCUAGUUCAUCAGAUAAUUCAAACUAAACGAAGAUCAGUUUUACGCCUUAUAAGCCACAUUUUGAACAUUAAAGAACUUAAUCCUUGCAUUUGUACAGAUACUUCAAAUCGAUUAGCAUAUUUAUGAUAGUUUCUGCUGCCUGGUGCAGAAUAUUUUGAAUUAACCGCCGCUGACCGUAUAUUUGGCAGUUAUGUAUCUUUUGUACUCGCAAAAUGUGUCCUCAAAUGCUUGCAAAGUUGAAUUUCAGUGCUCUGUGUAGUAACGCUCGGCGUGCGCGCGUCGGGGGCGGAUUCCAGCGCCAAUUUCAGAUUUAUCCACCUUUUCAUACCCGAAUAUACAUGAUAUUCACUGAAGUCUGAAUUGUUCUGAAUACUAGAGAUUGAAUGUUACGGCCCUUGUUAUUGUUAUUUUGUGAAAUACUAAGAUUUGUACAUAAUUUACCGGUUGUUGAAUUGUUUUACUUGAACUG